UUAACUAAAACUCACGCUGUCCCUGAAAAAGCAACAGUCCUCCUUCACUCAAGAAAUGGACGUUGAAACGCGAAAAACGCAGGGGGUAUGUGUUAGCUUGAAAUAGAGUUCGAGAUUCCACUUGAGGUUGAAAUGAUUUUUUGUAGGUUGAAUAAAUUUUGUUGAGAAAGUAGGUUUUUUUUUUUUGGUAUUUUGAAUCUCUGGUACGAGAAAACACAGUAUCAAUCAAAAUCUUGAAAACCCUUUUGAGGGUUUUUAAUUGAUUGGUACUGUGUGUUUUCAGACAGUCAUGUAGAAAGACAGACUGAGAUGUUUUUGAAAUAUUUUUGAUUGUCGGAGAAAUCGAAGGGUUUGAAAAUGGCGGAAAUUGAAGGGCCAUUUGUAAAACAGGACCAAUUCGAUUCAAACCCAUUGCUUGAUAAUAAUCAAGAAAAUAAGAGUUUGAAGUUGGAAACAAAUCAAGAAAUUUAUGUGGGUUUGAUUCAGGGUUCCAAUUCGAAUCAGUUGAAUGAAUUUUCUCCUUCGGAUUGGAAUAGUAAUAAAGGCAGCAUUGCUGAGAGAAGGGCUGCAAAAUGUGGUUUUAAUGCUCCGGAAAUCAAUGCGUCCCGGUUCAGCAGUGCCGCCACCACCGGAUUGGUGGUGCCACCAAUGGUCCGGUCACCGUGUUUCACCAUACCUCCUGAUAUUAGCCCAGCCGCGUUGCUCGACUCUCCUGUCAUGCUCCCAAAUGCUCAGGCUCAACUUUCUCCUACUACUGGAACCUUUCAAUUUCCUCCAUGCAAUCUUGAGAGCUUAUCAAAGUUCAACUUCAAAUCCAAGGCUCAAAAUGACCUCAAUUUGGUGUCAAGUAGGUCGUCAGCAGGAAAUAAGCCACCUGAGAAUUUUGAAAAUUCCUCACAGUUACUAGAUGCUGCUAAAGGGGACUGUUCUGCAGAGGCAGCUGCUAAAACUGAAGUGUCGCGAAAUAAAUUCUUGGAUGCCGAUUGUCCUAGUUCACAGUUCAACAUUACUAAUGCAGAAAGUGAUGAUAAAGAAAGUGGCCCCAGGCUUAAUCUUGAAAAGGAUCCAAAAUCGGCAUACUUUUCUAAGGAAGUAUCCAGGAAUUCCGAGGAUGGAUACAACUGGAGGAAAUAUGGACAGAAACAUGUGAAAGGAAGUGAAUUUCCAAGGAGCUACUUUAAAUGUACUAAUACAAAUUGUCCUGUGAAGAAAAAGGUUGAGCGCUCACACGAUGGCCAAAUUACGGAAAUUGUGUAUAAAAGCUCUCAUAAUCACCCAAAACCUCAGCCUUUUAGGCGAUAUGAAUUACAAGAGACUAGCGAAGGCAGUGGAUCAUAUUUGAGAGCUGAAGGUAGAAAAGCUUGGAGAAACAUUGUGCCAGGGUGUAGGGAUACGCGUUAUGGCUCAGAUUGGAGGCCUCAUGGUUUGGACAGGAUGUCUUCCACCUCACUUUUACGCGAUUUUUCUUAUCCACCAUUGUUAUCAGAACCAAUGAACUUAUUUGAAACAGGAGGAACUCCACAAUUCCCAUCUCCAUUUGCCAGUCAAGAUGGUGAUAUUGAUAAAGAUGAGGCCACUCUAGAUAGCACAUCGUUUGAUGGUGACGAUGAUGACAAUGAUGAAUUCGAACCUAAAAGGAGAAAGAAAAACAGCUUCCCAAUUGAAACCACUAUAUCCUCAAGGUCAACACGUGAACCACGAGUAGUUGUCCAGAUAGAAAGUGAUAUCGAUAUUCUGGAUGAUGGAUAUCGCUGGAGGAAGUAUGGUCAAAAGGUUGUAAAAGGAAAUCCAAACCCGAGGAGCUACUACAAAUGCACUGCUCCCGGAUGCCCAGUGAGAAAGCACAUAGAACGAGCUGCUGACAAUUUAAAAUCUGUAAUCACAACAUAUGAGGGCAAGCACAACCAUGAAGUGCCUUCAUCCAAAACUGGAAACCUUGUAAUCUCUAGUGUUGCGAAUUUACCACCUGCUGUCACUAACAGUAAUCAAUCUGCCUCGUCAUCACUGUCUCAGGAUUCUGGAAUUUCAAAAGUUGGAAUGCAGGUUCAAGAUCUCCCCUUAUACUUGGAAAGGAAGCCCGUCUUCAGUAAUGAAUGCACGAGCUCCAAUUUUCUUGGAAAUUUUGUCAGUGAUAUGAACUUUGGAGCUUCUUCCAUUUACCAAUUUGCAUCUCCUCCGUCGCAUUCCGUCCCUUAUGGAACUCUUCUGAUGAGCGCCAAUGACUUGGUUACAUACCAGUCUUCGAAUAUAUAUCCCAUGGUGUCGGAUUACAUGCGAAUGCCAUUGCCCAUGAAUCACCUUCCUGGAUCAGGAAACAUCCAUCUGGGCAAUUUUCACUUUGGCAAUCAUAUAGUGCCAAAUGGUGUGAAUAUUCAGGCUUCAAUUCAAAGGCAUCCACUCAGAGAGUGCUAUGCUAAGAUUCAGAAGCCAAAAGAGGAGCAGAAGGAUAAUGACGAUAAUUUAUACGAAGCUUGAGUAUCCAUUCCCGAUCAUGCAAAUGCAACAUCAUCAACGGGAUUUUCUAGGGCUAUAGAAAAUUUCCCAUCUUGACCAACAAUUUUUCUCUUGGCUCUUCCAAACCAAGUUUAGGAUAGCUGCUACCCUCCAGUGAUCGUUGAAUGCAGCAUUCUUUUGCAAUUUGCUGAUUAAAGUGUUUUCUGCUUCAUAAGACGCAUAGAACUAUCUGUAAAUAUUUUUUCCAAAACUUCCACGCUUUUGCUGUUCUGCAGUGUGAAGUACUUAAUGAAGUUUUAGUUUUAUGCUCUCUCAGUGCCUGCACACAUGCAUCCAUACACGAAUAUAAAAUGGAGUGGAAGUCCAACAUUGAUAUGCAUACGCUGGUCGUACAUAGAGGUGUCAACUACGAAUGCCACACUGAUUUGAGAGAUCUCGCCUGACACUAGAUGUUUCAAGGGCCGGACUGCAUGGGUUGCUAGUAGCUCUGCCCAGUUUAACACCUCUAGUCACACUAUAAAGAAGAUGGUUUCAAUUUCUUGUUCUAGGUGUGGAAGAAAGUUGAAGCCAUGUUUCCGUCACAAUAUCAAAUUGCAAGUAUUUACAUCUAUAUGCUAUUAUGCAAAGUGCAUU